AUGCUGGGGAAACGGAAACGGGAGGCUACAGUGGUCUCUCGGCCUGCUGAGCAAGAAGAUGAUCCUCUCGCCGUUCCGCCCAACUCCCACGACCUUCUCCGAAAGUAUUUUGAAGCUCAGUUCGAGCCAUUGGACGUGCCGCAGAAAGGAAAGGCUUCUGUCGCAAAUUCUCCAGAUACGGAAUCUGAUGAUGACAAGGAAGAUUCUGAAUGGAGUGGCAUCUCCGACGAUGACGGGGACGACACUUCCCCUUCCGACACGGUUCCGGAGGUGGUUGAUCAUAGCACUUCUCACAACAUAACUAAAGAUGGUUUUGAAAAAGAGCUUCGGAAACAGUUCAUGUCGGCAAAGCCGCCGUCCUCGUCUCAGAUGAAAUCUAAAACCACAGCAAAGCGGAAUACGAAUGCAUCCGACGGCGACGAAGGAGCUGAUGAUGCGAUGAAUUUGAAAAACGACCUUGCCUUACAACGCUUGCUAAAGGAGUCUCAUCUCCUUGAGUCUGUCGACGACCUCAAUCCUACCGGGAAAAAUCGUCACCGUGCACUUGAUAUUCGUAUGCAAACUAUCGGAGCAAAUGAUUCGAUCUAUAUGCAGAAAAAGAUGCCAAUGUCUCACAGAAAGGGGAUAGAAGCUAAAGUAGCAAAGAAAGACGCGACAAGACGACGCGAAGCAAAAGAAAACGGAAUUAUUCUUGAGAAGCCUACGCCGAAACGGAAGGUCAGCAGUGCGAGAAGGGAACGGGGCAUUGGCGGACCGUCCGUUGGAAAAUUUUCUGGAGGCACACUAAGAUUGAGCAAGCGGGAUCUCGCGGAUAUCCAGGGCCCACGAACAAUGAGCAAAGGCAAGAAAAGGGGUCGCAGGUGACCAGCUUAGCGGCUAAAGAACAGAUCGCCGCUGUAUCCUCCUGCCACAAAUUUUGAGUUAAUGUCAAAAUGAUUUGAUAGGAGCAGCAUUCUAUCACAAUCUGCGCCCUUACUUGACUAUUGCUGAGGUUAAAAUCCACGUGUUGGACGAGCUAUCUUCGCCCAUCAGCGGGCCCGUAUCGGAAACUUCAAGCCACCGCUUCGAACCAAGACAUGCAUGAAGCGUGUGAGGCGGAAAAAUGGCUGGUUUCAGGCGCUCGUUCCUGGCUACUGCGUGUCAGAGAUUUGCAGAAAUGCUGUUGAAGUGGUGCUAGUCCUGGCGCCGUCGACCACGCUAGAUUGGAUUUCCCCGCAGAUAUUCAGCAGCGCGUGGCGCACUAACUCCGUCUGGAUUCCGGAAAAGUCGACGAGACAAGAGAACGAAGAAAGUUUCUUCCGCUUUGGAAGUUGGGACCCUUUUUAUUUUUUAUUUUAUUUUA